AACCGGACGGGAAAGCGAACAGAGUCGGGAAGCUGUUGUGCCAGUCAGAAAUCAGGAGAUGUGCGAAAUGUAGUCCAGGGUCAAUAAAUAUACGGAUAUACACAACAUAAUCGUUUAACACUGCUUGGGAUUUAUAGCAAUAUGAUUCUUAAUCAGGAUGCGGCCGCCAGGAAGAGUGAAAUUGAGGAGAAGCUCAAGCAGGAGCAAGAAACUCUUUCCUUUAUAAGGGAAAAUUUGGAGAAAAGUGACCAGCUGACAAAGGGCAUGGUUUCCAUCCUAUCCUCCUUUGAGAGUCGUUUGAUGCAACUGGAGAAUUCCAUCAUUCCAGUACACAAGCAAACAGAAAAUCUGCAGCGACUCCAGGACAAUGUCGAAAAGACCUUGUACUCUCUUGACCAUGUUAUCAGCUAUUACCAUGUGGCGAAAGAGACAGACAAAAUAAUUCGAGAAGGCCCAACAGGAAGGCUGGAGGAGUACCUGUUUUGCAUUGCUAGAAUUCAAAAAGCAGUGGACUUUUUUCAAGAUAACAACCCUGACAGUCCAGAUCUCAACACAGUGAAAGCACGCUUUGAGAAAGGGAAGGAAUUGUUGGAGGCAGAGUUUCGCAGUUUGCUUGCUCGAUAUAGCAAGCCUGUUCCUCCUAUCCUAAUUUUGGACCUGAUUGGAGGAGAUGACGACCUAGAGACUCAAGAGGAAGUCACUUUGGAACACUUGCCUGAAGCUGUCCUGCAGGACAUCAUCUGCAUCUCAGGAUGGCUCGUAGAAUAUGGGAGAAACCAGGAUUUCAUGAAUGUAUACUUCCAGAUCCGCUCCAACCAGCUUGAUCGCUCGAUAAAAGGUCUCAAAGAACAUUUUCGGAAGAGCAGCUCAUCAUCCGGAGCAGUAUACUCUCCUGCAGUUCAGAAUAAACGUAAAGAGACGCCUACUAAGAAACCACCAAAGAGACCAGUCUACAUUCCAGGCACAAUCCGUAAGGCUCAGAAUCUGCUGAAACAGUACUCACAGCAUGGUCUGGAUGGGAAAAGGGGGGUGUCUAACUUCACUCCUAUAGAAGGUUACGAUUACGACCCAAGAGUCAAACAUCUUGCUGAUGGCCAGAGCGAGAAACACGGAGCUUUUGCAGGAAAAGAUGAUGUUUUGGACAUUGAGAUUGACUCCUACAUUCACUGCAUUAGUGCUUUUGUGAAGCUGGCACAAAGCGAGUACCAACUGCUGACUGAAAUUAUUCCUGAGCAUCAUCAGAAGAAGACAUUUGAUUCCCUCAUUCAGGAAGCCCUGGACAGUCUCAUGCUGGAAGGAGAAAAUAUUGUUUCUGCUGCUCGUCGGGCCAUUGCUCGUCAUGACUACUCAGCUGUUCUUGCUAUCUUUCCUAUUCUUAAGCAUUUAAAGCAGACCAAACCUGAGUUUGACCAGGUCUUACAGGGAACAGCUGCCAGUACAAAGAACAAACUGCCUACUCUUAUAACUUCAAUGGAAACCACGGGAGCCAAGGCGCUGGAGGAGUUUGCAGACAGUAUCAAGAAUGAUCCUGAUAAAGAAUAUAACAUGCCUAAAGAUGGGACUGUCCACGAACUCACAAGUAAUGCUAUACUGUUUCUCCAGCAGCUUUUAGACUUCCAAGAAACAGCAGGUGCGAUGUUGGCAUCUCAAGUUCUUGGGGACACUUACAAUAUUCCCUUAGACCCCCGAGAGACAAGUUCUUCUGCAAACAGCUACAGCUCAGAGUUUAGCCGCAAGCUUCUCAGCACUUACAUCUGUAAAGUACUUGGUAACCUGCAGCUUAACCUGCUCAGCAAAUCCAAAGUCUACGAGGACACUGCACUAAGUGCAAUCUUCCUGCACAAUAACUACAAUUAUAUUCUAAAAUCCUUGCAGAAAUCUGAACUUAUUCAGCUUGUGUCUGUGACACAGAAGAAAGCAGAGUCUUCCUACAGGGAGUUAAUUGAGCAGCAGAUUCAAACUUACCAGCGCAGCUGGUUCAAAGUGAUCGAGUAUCUUACAGACCGGAAUAUGCCAGUCUUCCAGCCAGGUGUUAAGCUAAAAGAUAAAGAGCGGCAGAUGAUUAAAGACAAAUUUAAGGGUUUCAAUGAUGGUUUGGAGGAGCUCUGCAAAAUUCAGAAGGUGUGGGCCAUUCCUGAUAAAGAACAGCGGGAUGCUAUUCGGCAAGCGCAGAAGAAGAUUGUUACAGAAGCAUACAGAGCAUUCUUGCAAAGAUUUGCUAACAUUUCCUUCACAAAGAAUCCUGAGAAGUACCAUAAAUACAAGCCUGAGCAGGUAGAAGACAUGAUUGAGAAGCUGUUUGACACCUCUGCCUAAACCAAGAUUCAUCCCAUCACAAUCUGUCUGGAAACUGUGUGUUUACAUGGUCAGGAAAUAUAUUAUCCCAUUAAAAUAGAGAACUGUAUUGUAUAUAAAUGUCACAUUGAACUCAACAGACUCUGUUUAAAAAAAAUAAAUAAAUAAAUAAAUAAUGUAACAUUUUCAAAGUAACUCCAGAAUAUUCAUGGACUUUUACUACAUGUUCUGCUAGCUGAUUAAAUUUUAUCAUGACAUUGUCA